GUUCGAGUCGGUUUCCCGCGAAAGAAGCUUCAAUGUGCCUUCUCUAAAACCGCAUCUAUAUACAUCUACCCUCACCGGACUUCUCUUUUUCGUUCCGAAACUAUUCUUUCCUCUAUCUCUCCGAUCCGUUUCGCCGUCGAUAAUUCUCUGAAGUCUGAUCCAAACAUGGAAUACCGGACCUUGGAUAUCACCGUCAUCUCUGCAAAAGAUCUCAAGGACGUCAAUCUUUUCUCCAAAAUGGACGUUUAUGCCGUCGUUUCCCUCUCCGGUGACUCGCGGUCAAAGCAUAAAACCCCCAUCGAUAAAGACGGUGGUACGAGCCCCUCUUGGAAUUUCCCCAUGAAAUUCACUGUCGAUGAAGCGGCAGCAAAGCAGAACCGUCUGAUGCUCGUCUUUGAACUCCGAUGCGAUCGAAGCCUCGGCGAUAAAGAUAUCGGACAAGUCCAUGUACCCGUCAAGGAGCUCCUCGAUAACACCGGAGACGGGAAGUCCGCCCAAUUUGUUAGCUAUCAGGUUAGGAAACCGUCUGGAAAACCCAAAGGCACGUUGAAUUUCUCGUAUAAAUUCGGCGAGAAGGUCACCGCACCCGUGACGGCUCUCAAGGCAGAAGAACCCGUUACGGCGUACCCGGCUGGGACAAGUGCGCCUUAUCCACCUCCGGGGCCGAGUGGGGGGUAUGCGCCUCACGGCGUUGCAAGUUAUCCUCCACCACCGGCGGGGCCGUAUCCACCACCGGGAGGAUAUCCGCCGCCUGUGCCUGGGUAUGGGUAUCCGCCACCUGGGGGGUAUCCACCGCCUGCGCCUGGGUACGGCUAUCCACCGGCCCCGGGGUACGGGUAUCCGCCAGUACAACAGCCACCGAAGAAGAAGAAUAAAUUUGGGAUGGGAUUGGGAGCGGGGUUGCUUGGAGGAGCACUUGGUGGGCUCUUGAUCGGAGAUAUGGUCUCUGAUGCGGCUUCUUACGAUGCUGGGUAUGACGAUGCUGGUGGUUUUGAUUUUUGAUAUUGUUUUUCUUCUCUGGUCUUAGGCUCUGUUUCUUGAGUAUGUAAUUUCUUCUUUCUUCGUUGAGCUUGUUAAUUAGAAAAACCUCGCUUUGGUACACUGUAAUUACAAUGUUCAUUGAUGACUUCUAUUUAACCUUUGCCUG